AAUACCACUCGCUUUUCAAGAAUAGAGAUAUUGCCUGCUUCUUUUAAUUACGCACACACAUUAUUUUCAACAUUCAUCAUGACGAUGCGAGAGGCAAGACCGUGACAGAGUUGAUUCUAAAUGGUAGGGGUCUAAUUAUCAUAAUAUAUCGAACUUUUCGCCGAAAUUUUCAAGUGACGCAGCUGGUAAAAAAGAUAACCAAGGUGGCGGCGUGAUAUACCUUGUGAAUAUUAUGUUUACAGGAAGACAUUGUUUUUUAUUAUAGAUAUUUAAAACGUCGAAUGCCUGUGUGAGCUCAGGAGUUUUUCGAUGAGUAACUGAAUUUGUGACACGGAAGUAAAUCAAUAAAGAAAAGUCGGAUAUUCCCGGCUGACAAAUAUGUUCCCGACUGACUCAGACCCUUGUAUAUAGUACUACAUGUUUAUUCUUCCCUCUGUGUGGCUGAAAUGAACGAAGUUUUUGAAAUAGUUAUGAUUUUCUACUUGCUAAUGUUUAGCAAAAUAUCUGCUCAAUCGUUUAUAAAAUCGGACAUCUGUGAUGACGUCAGUAGAAAUUCAUACAUAGAAAAUGAAUUAACUGCCCUGAGGGAGCUACUCAUAGAGGAAAUAAAAGAUAUCAGGUCGGAUUUACUAUCUAUUCCUGCUAAUCAAGGGCCUUCAUCUGUGCCUUGCCCCUCUGAAUGGGUUCCAUUCCAAAGUUCCUGUUAUUUCUUUGGGAACGAUUAUGGAAACUGGAAACAUGGAAAAGUCCAAUGUGAAAGAAAGCAUGGAAGCUCAAAGUAUGUAAGCAUAUCAAGCGAGAGAGAAGAUACGUUUAUUCGGAACUUCGUUAGAUCCAAAGGAAUAACCGCGCUCGCAGCACGAGACUAUUGGAUAGGAGGGACAGAUGCCGCUCGGGACGGGGUGUUCAUGUGGGAGGGGUAUUCCCGGGAAUUCACCUACAAAAACUGGGGUCCCGGAAAUCCUGACAGGGUUGGCUCUGCGGACUGCGUCAUCCUGUAUCAGCCAUCUGACUACAAGUGGCACGAUACUAGCUGUUCAAAUAACAACAGUUACAUAUGUGAAAUUGAGUUCUAACUAAAAUAACAUCGUUCUUUAAUUUCUUUCUGAUCUGUAUCAAAUAUUGGAGAAUUUUUAUUAUGCGUGUGUUCAGAUACUAAUACUUUCAAAAACUUAAAUAUUAUUUUCAAUAUCUAAGAAAUAGAUGAUUAAUGAUUACAUUCAUAUGCUAUUAAAACAAACUUCUAAAAAACCUGUACAUGCAAUAUUCAUUACACCCUGAUGGGACACGAGACAAUAUUGGAAAAUGAAAGUAUUAUGAAUUGAGAAAAUACAUCAAUGAUGCAUGAGCGAACUCGAUCACAACUGAAAUAUCCACCCAUCGAUAUAAAACUCUUUAUUCUCACGAUUUGGUGGGUGUCAAAUAUUAUUAUGGUACAUAAUCGCGAUCAUUAAUUUGAAAACCUACAAUUACGUAAAAUCGCCGUAUUUUCCAGGGGGUGGUUUCAAAGGAUCAUUAAACAUUUGUAACAUCAGAAAACCACGUGCACUAAACAAAUAAUAAUUACAUCUAUAUAUUUUAGAUGAGUUGAUCAAUAUUCUUUUUUUCCCUACGUCAUUGGGAGAUUCCGAAACAUUAGAAAAAUUGUAUUUCGAACGUUUGAACCUUGACUUCCUUUAUUAAAAUUAGAAAGAAAGCAUACAGAAUGUUUGAACAAACAGAUCAAUGAUGAAAUUUUUUCAUGCAUAUUGGAAGCCUUGUGAUACGAAAUUUUGUAUAGAUAAUAUUUGAUACAGAGAAUAGUGAAUGUCGCAGUUUGCGCAUGUAGUUCCAUUAUCUAGAGCACACUUGGAUUGCAUAAUUACACUUGUGAUUUUAUUACAAAUAAAUUUUGACCUAA